GUUUCCUCGCCAGAUCCACCGCUGCUGGAUGCACGCAAGGACCGUCGAAUCUCGCUCCGCAUUCCAUUCUCACCCUCUUGCUUGGCUCCAAGAGCUCAUCAAAGGCCGCGACAGGUCAUUUGAUCAUGAAGGGAUUCUUUGCGAGGCCAGGAGCAGGGCGCGCCGCUGGAGCGACACCGGGAGGGGCGGCCAACGCAGCAGCUGGAGCUUUGGCGUCCUUGUCCCUCCCUGACUACCCUCAGCCAUUGCCAGAGAAGCUCCUCUCCAUUCACGUCACGGAAGCGGGGCUGUUUAUUAUUCCGCAGCAGCCACAUCAUCACUCGAUGGAGGCAACGACUCGCACGCAAAGCUCGAGACCUGCACCCUCACCACUACGGACUACGGACGAGGCUAGAUCGCAAGAUGUCGCGCACGAGAAGCGCCGAGAGGAUGGGUCAUUAUCCUUGCAACAUUCUGCACCGCUAGGGGCUUCCAGUCGAGCUAGCACUUCCGCUGCGGGUGGGAGUGGUAGCACAGCAGUCAAGAUAAGUUGGGGCAGGAGCGCAAAGGUCUCGAGCUUGACCGUUAAACAGGCCAAGGAGAAGCUGAGCAACGUUGGCGAGCUCAAUGAGGGCGCUGAAACACUUGCUUAUGGCGUGGUGGGAUUGAUCAGGGUCUUCAAAGCCGCGUAUCUCUUGGUUGUCACCAGUCGAACGCAUGCAGGCGACUUUCUACACACCUCUUGUCCUGUAUAUCGCUCCACAGGAGUGCUCAGCAUUCCACUCGAACCUCAGAGAGCUCGAGAGGCGCUUCGAAGCGAGUCGUUGAGGCAAGCGAAAGUCCCCGCAAAAACGCAGUCGAGCUCGUCUUCAUCAUCAGAGGAAGAAGACGAGGAGGAACCUGACGAUGUUCAGACUCCGGCUGCUCUGCCUCGGACUGAAGAUGAAGCGACUAUAGAUGCUGAUACGCACGCGGGAGGCGCCGCGGCGCUCGCCGUGGGCGGAGCUGCCACGAUGAGGCCUGCACGCAGUGGACCUUGGCUGCUACGAAACGCGCACGGCAAGAGCGUGUCAGAAAGCGGACCGGGAGCGAAGGCGGCUGCCGCGACAUCUCCGAACGAUGCGGUUGAUGCACCUUCACCGGUGUCUGCCGCCAUCAGCGCAGCAUUCGAGCCUGCUGGCGCAGUUGCCGAUGCUACUCUCGGCGCUGCGGCAUCAGAGGGCAAGAUCCCAGCUUUGUCCGCCGACGAGCGGUAUCACGAAGCUCUCAAGGCGGAGCUCGAAGAGAAGGUUGUCACAGAGACCGCAAAGCAAUAUGCUAGGGGUGAGAUGUUGUUCUCGUACGAUUUCGACCUCACAACACCGCUACAGCGCAAAAACCAAAGUGCGGCGACACCAAGCGCAUCCACCACUUCGCCGAGCUCUCAAAGAGGUCCCACUGCCUUGCCUUGGGAAGAGCCAAACGCGCGGCUGCCUUUAUGGAAGAGAGCUGAUUCGCGCUUCUGGCACAAUCAGAGCCUGAGCAAAGAUUUUGUUGAUGCGGGUCUGCAUGGAUUCGUUCUGCCUUUGGUACAAGGCUUCUUCCAAGUGGCCCAGCUGCCAGUCGACAACCCGAGUCCACCGGGAUCUCCCGACGUAGCUGGGGAUGCGAUGGACGAAGUCAGCGCGGCCACUGCUUCCUUGCGGUCUGAUGCGUAUCUGCUCAUUAUUUCACGCCGAUCGAAGGAACGUGCUGGCCUCAGGUAUCAGCGCCGUGGUAUUGCAGAAGAUGGUAGCGUCGCCAAUUAUGUGGAGACCGAACAGGUGCUGCUGGUUCGCCGGUAUGGCAGCAGCUCAUCAGAACCGAAAUCUACAGAGAAGCUCGAGGACGCCACGGCUCAUACGCUCGCCUUUGUGCAAUUCAGAGGAAGCAUACCUCUUUUCUGGACUCAAAGCCCAUUCCAUCUCAAGCCUCCGCCUCAACUCGAGCGAAGCGCAAAUGAAAACGCGAACGCCUGCGCUCGGCAUUUCGAUCUGCAGGUUGCGCGGUACGGCUCUGUGACGUGCGUCAACCUCGCGGAGCAAGGAGGCAAGGAGGGCGUCAUUACGGAAGCUUACAGGAAAGCCGUCGAGAACUACGGCGGUACAACGAAUGAGAGCACAGGCAAGAAGCCCGUCAGAUAUGUACCGUUUGACUUUCACAAGGAGUGCGCGGGCAUGAAGUUUGAGAAUGUCUCCCGACUGCUUGGCCGCAUGAAGGAGGAAGAUGUGCUUACAGCCAUGGACUUCUAUUGGAGAUCUUCAGGCACAGCCAUUGAACAACCCAAGGUCUUCUCGAUGCAAAAGGGUGCUUUCCGCGUCUCAUGUUUGGACUGUCUUGAUCGCACAAAUGUCGUGCAGUCGGCAUUUGCUCGCUAUAUGCUUGGCGUCCAGCUGCAACGUCUCGGCCUGGACGUGCCAGCUGCUCGCGGAGAACGGGACGAAGCGUUUGAUUAUGCCUUCAACGAUAGCUGGGCCAACAACGGCGACAUGGUGUCGCAGAUCUAUGCGGGCACUCGAGCUCUGAAGGGAGACUUUACACGUACUGGCAAAAGAAACCUAUUUGGAAUGAUGAACGAUGCCACUGCCAGCGUGUAUCGCAUGGUGCAAGGUGCCGUCACCGACUUUUUCAAGCAGACGGUCAUGGACUUUCAGUACGGGUACAUCAACACCGCAGCGCUGGAGAGAUACAACGACAAUCUAGCGGCGCAAGAUCCGUCGGAGCAGCACAGACUUGCACGCGUCCGUGCCGGCGCUAUAGACAGCUGCGCCAGUCAGGUGCUGGGUGAAGAUGAAAUCAAGCUUGCGGGCUGGACGCUCAUGUCGCCAAUCGAACCCAACCGCAUUCAAUCAGCAAAGCUCGAAGAGAAAGUCGUACUGCUCACCUCCAAAGCGCUCUACUCAUGUGGCUGGGACUUUACCGCCGAGAAACUGUCCGAGUAUUCUCGCAUCCGCCUGGGAGAUGUCACAAGUAUCCAAAAAGGAACCUAUAUCUUGGCGCCACAUGAAGGCUACCAUCCAGAGAAGCAUUGGGGUCUUAUUGUUCGCUAUAUUGAAGGAGAGACUCGCGUCAACUCUGCCACUAGCAUGCGCAACGUCGCCCCUCCUGCUGAAGCGGCCGGAAAGAGUGGCUCACUCGGAGAUCAGCACUUCGUAGCCUUCCGAGCUGUGGCGGAUGACUUCGUGGGUACACUCGAUGCACCCGAGCCUUCAGAAGCUGCCACGUCGUCGGCUCCUUCUCGACGCUUUUGGCGCCUGUCGGGCAAGACGGGCUCGAUUGAUAAAGCGGAUAGCAUCAAGAGUCCAGACGAAUCAGUAGCCGAUACGCCCCUCACCUCGCACGACAUCGUUGACCGCAUCGUCGCGCUGGUCGUAGAGCAGUGCGCCGAUGCUGGCGCUUGCGAUCCGGGCGCUGCGAACGCAGUUCAUCCGACUGAUGAAAAUGAAGAGGACCGCACGAGCGAAGCAGAUGCUUUCGUCAAGGAGGAAACGAUUCAAAGUCUAGCUCAGGCUAAGGCCAAUGCUGGACUGUUCGCACCGCUCAUCGAGGGCCUGAAAAGACGCGUGUGGCUCUGACCCAGCCCUCAGCACUCAAUAUCAUUCUAUAUGCACAAAGUGGCGUCGCUCAAGCACCUUGGCCCUCCUGCACCUCACUCCUUUAGACUGCUCUUCUUCUUACUUUCAGGCACAUUGCAAUCACGUCCACCUCGCGUUUCUCACCUCCGCCACUAUUCGUGCAUCUCCACCAACUCGUAAUCGACCAUCUCAGCUCUGGCAUAUACCCCAUGCUGUCUUGCCGUGCCCUCUUGUGCACCUUUCUCUUGCACCUUGCGAGAAUGGACAUGCAAUUUGAAGCGUAUCUUGCCGCGGAGAUAGCGAACCGUUGAACGACUUGCCUGCUUAUUUCCGGACGAGGGAUGACCUUUGUAACCUCUCACACAGAUCCCUUGACCCUGCACGCGGAUCCGCACGCCGCUAUCUUACCCAAUUCACGAUUA